UUUUAAAUGUUCCAAUAACAAUUUGGUAAAGUAGGGAAACUAAAAGUUGAAAUAAUAAUAACGAGCAGCACUGUAUAUUUGAUCAAGAUAUUUGAAUCAUUAAUUAAACGCUUCAGUGAGUUUAGAUACUAGGGUUAGCAAGAGGGUUUUUAACAUUAUAGCCACCUAUGAUUCGUUGUCAUGGUAACAAACUUCUCUUACAACAAAUAUGUCAUUUAGAAGUAGAAAGAUUAUUCGUAAAAUUUAUACAUCUGUAGAACUAUGUCAAAACCGGUAGAAAAUAAGAAGAUAGACUUGAGAUUGAGUGGUGAUAAGAUUAACUUGGAGUCGAGGUGUAGAAAUAACUACAGUACUGCUAGUUCAAAGUGUUUGCUACUAACAAAGAAGUAUCUGAGACCUGCUUCUACUAUUCCUUCAUUAAAUUUAAAUGACAGGGAAACACCUGAUAAUGAAAUUUUGGAUAAAAGACCAUUUUCGGCUGGAUAUAUUCCAAAAAGAUCACAAUAUUUUUCAAAAAGUUAUUUUGGAGGAAGUUCUGAGGCCUUAGAAGAACCAAUAGAUUCAUGGAAAACUACCAAACGACUGCACUUUCUCGAAUCUACCGAUAAUACAGAUUUGGCAAGAUAUAGCGUAUUAAGUAAAGACAAUACUUGCGAAGAACAUACUUCUAUAUCUUCUGAUGAACAUGAACCAAAAAAACUUGAAGAAGGAAAGGAAGAAGUUAUUGUAACCACACACUUUCAUGAACAUUUAAACAUGCUUCCUGGGAUUAUAUCCAAGCCACCUCUUCCCAAAAGACCUGACAGCUCAUACAGAAAUUAUUCUGAUUCAGGCACCAAUGGCGAUAAAGGCAUGGAUGCUAUCACUGCCUAUUUAAGUUUAAAGUACGAGGCUGAAACUGCUAAAAAAGACAUCAACGAUGUUAAAAUAGAUAGUAACUACUUUGAAAGGUUGGCUUUAAAUAAAAAACUAGAAAAAAUGAAAAGCAGCGAUUCUAAUUUUAAAGUUGAAUCUCAGUAUAAUCUGAAUUUUAAAGCAGAUAGCGAUUUACCUCAAAAUACGCAACAAAGUUCACCUGUUGAACCAAGUUAUGCCAAUCAAGCAAAGUCGCCAAAAUUUGACAAUAUCCCUGUUAUAAAAAUAUCAGAAGAAGUAGACGUUCUUGAAAAGGACUACCAAAACGAUAAAUAUUUCCAAGAAUUAAAAGAAGAACAAGGAAUUAUCGAAAGGAACCUUACCGAUAAUUCUAAGAUAGUAGAAAAAGGUAUUGCACCUUGGCAAUCCAACGACAAUCUUCCUGGUAUAUCAGAAAUAGACAUAGACAAAUUAUUUGACGAAAAAAAUUUUUCGAAAUCGGAUGAUUACUUUAAGAAAGAUGCAAGCAAAGUUAAAAACCCCCAAGAACAUCACACGCAUCAGAAAAAUACGAAACAAAAAUCAAAAAAGCCUUUAAUUAAACCCAAGCCAAAGUUUCCGCCUCCAAAAAAAGAUGAAGGCGAUCAAGAAGUAAAAGAUAUUGAUGUCGAGUCAUGGAUGGCUAAAUCUGCAACACCGAGAGACUGCGGCCAAAAAACAAACAGUUAUUUAGAAAUAUUACAGUCUUUAGAUGAAUUCGAGACUAAAGAUUUGAGAGAUAUUGAUGAGGGUUUAGGAGUAAGCGAAGCUGACAAGCAUUCAAAUUUAAGCGGAAGCUUUGAAGAUAUUGCCUCCAUUUUGGAAGCGCUGGAAGAGGAGGAUAAAAAAUCACAUCAGAAAAUGGCUACUGUUAAGAAAAUGGUUGAUAUGAGUCUGGAAGAAAAGGAAAUUGAUACGUUAAGGGAAUCUGACCAUUCGGAAAAAGAGUACUGCAGUGGAAGAAGUAUUUACGAAACGGUUACCAUAAAUGAUACCCAUAGAUCUGAAUCAAGCAGGCAAAGAGACGAGUUGGUUAAUUUUAAAGAAGGUUUUUCCGAUAGGAACUCAGAAACACCGAGAGUAAACUCUGCAAAUUAUAGCCAAUUACUGUCAUUCUUAGACGAAGUGGAUAGAAACUGCAAUAUGUCUUUGGAUAAUGCUAAGAAAAAUGUCAGGAUGGUAACAGAUACUGCUAAAUCAACACUUAAACUGGAUACCAUACCAAGGCCAGAAGAUCUACGAGCUCUUUCAAUGGAAGAACUGAUUCGACAGAUUGUAGAUCUUAGCCUUCGAGUCAAAGACAAAUCUUCUUCGAUAUCCGUUCUUCAGGAAGAGAUGAGCACUCUUCGGGAAAAGGUUGUGAACCAAUCCAAGCAAACCGAACAAACCGUAAAACAGAAGUUAAAAGAACAAAAGGACGAGUACGAAGGAGUUAUUAAACGUCAUCAGAAAUUUAUAGACCAACUGAUAGCAGAUAAGAGAUCCUUAAACCAACAAUGUGAAAGCCUGAUACAAGAACUGAAAGUUGUUGAAGAUCGAUACACUUCAAAUACAAGAGCAAUGGAACAUAAACACCAAGUCGAAAUUAAGAAAUUGAAAGAGAUGCACAUUGCAGGAGAGAAACUGAGAAGAGAUAGAUGGAUUGAUACUAAAACGCAAAAAAUAAAGGAACUUACUGUAAGAAGCAUAGAACCCGAAUUAGCAAGUAUGGAAAAAAGACAACAACAAGAAUUGAGUGAUAUUAGAUCGCUUCAUAAAAGAGAAAUAGAAGAUUUAGAACUAAAAUCGGCAAGAAAAAUGCAACAGCAAUGCGAAGCACUGAGGCAGCAAUUGAUGGAAGAAAGGGAAAAAGCGCUUGCACACGAAAGAGAGUUGAUGAGGCAACGUUACGAAAAAAUGGUUGAAACGGAAGAAAAAGCCUAUCAAGAACAGCGCAAAAUAUUAUUCUCAGAUCAUGCCAAUAAAGUAAAAGAAUGCGAAGAGAGGGAAACCGCUGCGACCGUAGAAAAAGAUAAGGCAAUUAAACAAGUACAGGAAGAGUUUGAAGAAAGAUUACAGGUUGUAAUUAGACGACACGCGAGUGAAAUAAAAUUAAUCAAACAGUCUUCACAAAUCGAAUAUGAGACGUGGCAAGGUAAUUUAAAGAAACAGCAAGCCGUUCAAUUGGCAGAAAAAGAAACCGAAAUUCGGGAACAGCUCAGGAAGGAAAGAGACAGAGAAAUCGAAAUGGUUAUUGAACGACUUGAAAAUGAAUUUAAUGAUAAUAAAGUUCAGUUGGAAAAAUCGACAGAAAACAGAAUAAGGAGGUUGAGAGAAAAAUACGAAAAAGAGAUAAAAGAUCUAGAAUCAGCCGAGAAAGAUGCAAAGGUUAAAUAUUGUGACACCAAAAGUAAAUUAUUGGAUACCGAAGAGAUGGUUAUUAGUUUGCGAGCAAAUGUUAAACAGUUGGAGAUUUCUUUACAGGAACAUAAAGAGACAAUUGAAAAAUAUAAAAAGGAGAGACAAAAUUACGAAGAUAUAGCUAGAUGCCAAAUGAAAGAAGAGAUGGAUAAACUUCAAAAAGAAGUUAUUCAGCUUAGGAACUCGCGUGAAAAAGAAUUACAGCAGCUCUACUCAAGAGUUAAAGUGUCUGUAGCCAGAAAGGACGAAAUUUUAAACGAAUUACAACAAGAACAUAAAGCUCUUCAAGAAAAAUGUAUUUAUUUGGAAAACAUGUUGGAGCAGCAGAGGAAAGAGUAUUUAAUCAAAUGAUUUUUGUCUUUGCAUUGUAAAUUUUAUGGAUAAAUAAGAUCAAACAUUUUGCAAUUAGUAUAUUUAUAUAAAUAUAAUUUUUAUAAGAUUUUUUGUAAUAUAUUUGAUUUUUCGUAU